UGACCAGUUUAGGCAGAUGUUAACACGACGGAGACAGACUGAAGAAGACGCAGACAGUUUGUCUCUGUUCUCUGAAGGUGAAGCCUCCUUAGUUCAACCUGCGGAAAUCAACUUGUUCCGACACCUUUACUCAAGACAGCUGACUGACAGCUCGGCCCUUCAAGGAAUAGCAAAAGCAAUUGGAAAGAGACUCAUCAGAGAUCCAGACAGACUGACCUCAGGAUUUUCAACAACGCACUUUAGCAGAACUCUGACAAUGAAGCUGGUAUUCAUCCUCCUCCUUCUGGCUCCACUGUUGACCAGCUGCAUUAAGAUCAUCCUACCAGCGGACUGCAGUGACAUCUAUCAACAAGACAAGAAACAACCCAGUGGAGUGUACACCAUCUAUCCCAUCGGAUCCACAUCUGCUGUCCAGGUGUACUGUGACAUGGAGUCAGAAGGAGGACGGUGGACGGUGUUCCAGAGGAGGAUGGACGGCUCAGUGAACUUCUACAGACCCUGGAGUCAGUACAGGAUAGGCUUUGGUAGCGCUGCUGGAGAGUACUGGCUGGGUCUUGAGAACAUCCACCAACUGACACGCCAGCGAAAUUAUGAGCUGCUGGUCAACAUGGAGGACUUUGACGGAAAAAAAGUGUUCGCUCGUUACUCCUCGUUCUCCGUCGAUGCCGAGUGUGACGGAUAUCAACUGCAUGUAUCUGGAUUCACCAAUGGAGGGGCAGAAGACUCCCUGACUUAUCACAAUGGACAGAACUUCUCCACCUUCGACAAAGACCAGGACAAGUGGUCGGCCAACUGCGCCAAAAAAUUCCUGGGUGCCUUCUGGUACAAUGCUUGUCACUUUGCCAACCCCAACGGGGUUUAUUACUGGGGGGCUGACAAGACUCACUAUGCUAUUGGAGUGGAGUGGGCUAAAUGGAAGGGUCAUGACUACUCCCUGAAAUCCAUCAGCAUGAAGAUCCGUCCUGUGCAUUAAAUAUUCAGGACCAGCAGAAUAUCAACUGAUGAUUCUUCUCUUUUCUCUCUCUCGUACAUAAUCUCACAUCAUCUUUAGAUACAAUGUCGGCUGGCCAAUAGAGGGCGAGAGGGCACUUCCCCAGCACUUUCCACAUCCUACAUUGAAUAAGACUUAAUUACUUUGAUUCUUUUUCAAAGAGCUUGGUAGAUAUAUAGUUAGUGGGUAAAAAUUUAUAAUCUGCAAUAAAAUGUAGAUUAGAAAUGUUGUACAUUGUCUAAAGUUAACAUAUUUCCGGUCUGAAAAAACCCAUCAAAGUUUUACAUGCGCAGUUCACUCUUCUUAAUAUGAGAGAUGGGAGCUUUUUGGGGCAUAUGCUACUACUUUAUCUGAAUCGUGCUGAUGUACACACCACCAACUGACAAUAGUAUCUACUGCACUGACCUCUGCCUUGUAUCUAUCCUGUCCUCUGUCACUUAGUAUUAUUGUCAGAUAGACUCAAAUCUUUAACAGUCUCUGGAGCACCAUUAGUGUAAAAUUAUUGGACUCAUGAAAUUAGUUAAUUAGUUAAUAUUAAUAAUAUCAUUAUUGUUUCUAUUAUAUGAAUCAAACAGACAGUACAGACCUCUGACCUGUAUCUACAGCACUGACCAUUUAUCUGAAUGCUGCUGAUAUGACCACCAAACAAUGGGUGGCAGCAGAGAGCGAGUGGCUUGUUGUACAUCGAAUGUCCCUGAAUGAGUUGUUGAGGAUAGAGCUGGAGCAGCAUUUUGCAACAGAAAAUAGUAUUACAAGAGGAGUUCAAAGUCAAAGAGCUUGGAUGUAAUCAGCCCGAUAUAAUGUUCUCAGUAAAAGUACUAAUACCACACUGUGGAAAUCCUUAAUCAUAUUCUAGGAUCAUCAUAGGUUUGUAGCAUCACUGUCUUGUGAAAACCACAUAUCUCUAAAACUAGGGAUGGGAAUUGAUAAGAAUUUAACGAUUCCAAUUCCAAUUCCAUUAUUGAUAUUGCUUAUUGAUCAGAUUCCUUAUCGAUUCUCUAAGCGAUUUUCAUUGGGUGAGGGAAUAAGUACAAAUUUGUUUGUUUGUAUUAACUCGCUUUAAUAUCUGAUCAGAAGACACAGCACAGAGUAUAGUCAAAUUAUGUGUAGCAACCUCAGAACAAACCUAAAAGUAGGUGAGCUACUUCUCAAAGUAAAGUCCAGGGACCCAUAGCCUAGGGCAGUGUUUCUCAACCAGUAUGCAAUGGCACGCUAGAGUGUGCCUUGAAAGAUUAUCAAGAGUGCCUUAGGAUAAGGAAAUUGUUAAUUUUCACAUGAAUUGGUUCAGACAAAAAAAUAAAUGUUUGGCUUUUUAAGCCCAACUGCCAUUAUGUGCCAUAAAAACUAAAAACACAGACUGUAAUAGGGUGGCCAUUUCCUUCACAUCAAAAAGGAGGACACUUAGCAUACACUGGGACACACAAGCAGAUAUUUGUUUGGUAUGAUCCGGUUUUAAAUUUGAAUGUUUUUCCACCAGAUUACAUAAAGGUGCAUACACAUACCACAUAGCUAAUAAUAAAUAUACAAGAUACAGCUCAUGACAACGUGCCCUUCAGAUUACAUAGGUCUAAUAAACAUCAUACAGAAACUGUUCUUAAUGUUUUUAUCUGGAUAGAUAAAGGGUAACCUUAUGUCCUCUGUAGCUGAGAGCUUGAUUGACAGCCUGGUGGUAACUUAGCAACUGGCAUGAGUGCAUGUUGUGGCAAAUCAACACAUGGCUCAUUUGAAUAUUAAAAUUAGCCAUGUGUUGAUAGGUCAGGACAAGGAAAUAUAACCAAUGAAAUUACUUAUUUUGACACACAUUUUUAGCCAAUAAGUAUAAUAAUUUUUGUGCAGAAAAAUUAUCAUGUCAUUUAAAGGUACCUUCGGCAUUGAUAACAGAUGGCGUCCCGUUAGCUUCGCUGCGGCUUGACUCACUUGUGUUGCUAGGUAAUAGUGUAUCAAACACGUGACAGUCCUACAAAUGAAUUGAUGCUGUGUGGCCAAAUGUUUCUGCAUAUUGGAGGUAGUUCCCCCUUUGAUGAAAUGGAAACUUUACAAGUGUUGCAAGUGACCGUAUUGUUGUCUUUUCACGUGAAAUAUAACCAAACUUUAGAGUGGUUCUGCCUCGAUGCCAUGUUCGCUGCAUUCUGAACCAAAACAUCGCAGCGCGUGCAUCAUUUGCAAUGAGUGGAACCGAUUCAAUUCAAGUCAAUUCAAUUAACAGAAGUUAUCUCAGGACACUUUUCAAAUAGAGCAGAUCUAGACCGAAUUCUUUAUAACAUUAAUAAGCGGAAUCGUUAAGCAGGCACGCUAACGGUUCCAAGGAAUCGAUUCACUGGGCACCGGUUCUAAAGAGGGGUCCUUAUCUAAAACUCAACUUUUUUUCUUAGAUUUCAUUAUCUGUUUACACAACUUAUAGCAAAGGAAAACAUAAAACUCAUCAGAAAACAACAGGGACGUUGGUGGAGGUUUGAAACCCUAAUGUGAAUCAUUAUCUGCUGGAUGCUGACAAUAAAUAAUAAGCUGAGCAGAAA